AUGGCCUCGAGGUCAUUCAAGCGUCUGAUUGUGUGCUGUGAUGGCAGCUGGAUGAAUGCCUUGGGUAAACAAGGCGAAUCCUCUCCACCAUCCAAUGUUUGGCGGAUCUGCCGUCUCUUCCGCAAUGUGUGCGAGAAUGGAUGUAAUCAGAUCGUAUAUUAUCAUGCCGGCGUGGGCAGUUCGGGCUCCAGGCUGGACUCCGUGACCGGCGGGGACUUCGGCGUCGGGCUGGAUGCGGACAUUCGUGAGCUGUAUAGCUUCAUCUGCAUGAACUACGUUGAUGGAGAUGAUAUCAUCCUCAUCGGGUUUUCUCGUGGCGCUUUUACAGCGCGUGCUGUGGCAGACAUGAUCGCGUCGUUGGGCCUGCUGUCGCACAAUGGUCUCGACCACUUCUACGAGAUCUUCACGGAUUACCAGUUGAUGGGAAGCAAGAGUCGCGACCCUCAGAAGUAUCUUUUCAAAGGGCUCCAGCCGUACGGUGAUGAGAAGGGAACGGCAAAGAUCCUUUGGGAAGAGGAGCGCAAGCGUCAAUACCGUCAUGCCCUGAAUCAGAUGGCCUACACUAGAGACACAUUUCAGGAUGGAGUAACGAAGAUCAAAAUCAAGGCUGUUGCUGUAUGGGAUACUGCUUUGGCACUAGACGAGCCCCGGGCAGCCUUCAGGCCUGCGCUUUGGGAGCGAGUUCAUGACAAUGAGACCAAUCUCAAGCAAGUGUGGUUUCCAGGAAGUCAUGCUAAUGUUGGUGGCGGCUACUACGAUCAGCAGAUCGCAAACAUUACCCUGGCCUGGAUGUGUGACCAGCUAAUGUCUGUGGCCGUUGAAUUUGACAUGAACAUCAUGAAAAAGGUCUUCCUGGCCGGGCUGCAGUGGUCCGCAGCUCAUCCUUUCCCGUGGGUUCCUUCUGCAACGAAGGGGCAGCCUCUUCCUUGGGCAAACAGCGACAUUUUCCCAUCCUCGACGUUUUCCACCUGUUCAAGGGAUGAGGAGCAUGACGACGUCGCGGUCGAAAGUACGACUGAUGUGGCGAGUCUUUGGGCAACAGCCCGUCCCUGGGGUCUUGGGCAGACACGAGCACCUACAAGCUUACUGCAGAAAGCGAUGGGACAAGUCACUCGUCGCCCUGGUCAUUGUAUGCGAAUUGAAGAAGACACCAACGAACCGACCCACGAGCCGUUGAUGAACACAGGUGAAGCGAUACACAGCAGUGUUCGUGUGCGUCUCGUGUGUGGGGGAUUGAGUAUGGACGACGAGGAGACUUGGACCUGCAAGCCGCUCAGACUGUCAGAGGAUUCGAAUCAAGUCUGGGAACUGGAACGCGUGGGAACGGCCGACUUGAAGGAGUCAUUGUCACUUACUGCAGGAGCCUUCAAUCAGGAUAGUGCGACAGCAUCUGCGCUUCCGCAUACACAGGCUACCUGGCAGUGGUCUUGCCCACAAGCUGUUGCUAGGGCAGAUAAUGCGGAUGCAAUGCAGGUGAACACAAGCUCAGGAAUCCUCCCGGAGGAACCCUUGACGGGAAUAUGUGAGAGAACCUUGCUUGCAUUGACAGCAGGCCAGCAGGAUGUCUGGAAGUAUGCUGAAGAUAGUAAGGGUGCAACAUCAUAA